UUUUCGGAGUAAGUUGGAUGCGCGUCCUCCUCACUCGCAUCCCGAAAGCACAUCGAACCUGUGACGAUGGGGAAGCUCAGGAAACACCGCUUUGGAAUGUUGACCUUUUCCUUCUUUUGUACUUUUAUCUGCUGUGCGCAAAGCGCCAAAGAUCUGAGGGAUCCCAGUAACAUGCCGCUGGUUAAAGACACGGUCGACAGACUGAUGAAAGGCUACGACAUUCGGUUGAGGCCAGAUUUCGGAGGUGCGCCGGUGGCUGUGGGGAUGAAUAUAGACAUAGCCAGCAUAGACAUGGUGUCUGAAGUCAAUAUGGACUACACGUUGACCAUGUACUUCCAGCAGGCCUGGCGGGACAAGCGUCUGUCCUACUCCGAGAUAGCCCUCAACCUGACGCUGGAUAACAGGGUAGCCGACUCGCUCUGGGUUCCCGACACCUAUUUCCUCAACGAUAAAAAGUCCUUCGUCCACGGCGUCACGGUCAAGAACAGAAUGAUCCGACUGCAUCCGGACGGCACCGUUCUCUAUGGACUCCGGAUCACAACCACAGCAGCCUGUAUGAUGGAUCUGAGGCGGUAUCCUCUGGAUGAACAGAAUUGUACACUGGAGAUCGAGAGCUAUGGCUACACCACUGAUGACAUUGAGUUCUACUGGCGAGGGGGAGAUGGAGCUGUGUCUGGGGUGGAGAGAAUAGAGCUGCCUCAGUUCUCCAUCGUGGACUACAAACUGGUCUCCAAGAAUGUGGUCUUCUCUACAGGUUCCUACCCACGUCUGUCUCUGAGCUUCAAGCUGAAGAGGAACAUCGGCUACUUUAUCCUCCAGACCUACAUGCCCUCCAUCCUGAUCACCAUCCUGUCUUGGGUGUCCUUCUGGAUCAACUAUGAUGCCUCCGCUGCCAGAGUGGCCCUGGGUAUCACCACGGUGUUGACCAUGACCACCAUCAACACCCAUCUGAGAGAGACGCUCCCUAAGAUCCCCUACGUCAAGGCCAUCGACAUGUACCUGAUGGGCUGCUUCGUGUUCGUCUUCCUGGCCCUGCUGGAGUACGCCUUCGUCAACUACAUCUUCUUCGGACGGGGGCCCCAGAGGCAGAAGAGGGCCGCCGAGAAACUAGCCGUCGUCAACAACGAGAAACUCCGACCCGACCCCAAUAAGUGGAUGGUGGGAAAUGUAGUUCAGAGAGAUGAUGCUCUGUAUGCCAGAAUGAAACAGAGGGAAAUUGACGCGUAUGACACGAUGUGGGAUCCCAUCUUUGUGGACGAUGCCGCAUUAGGACUAGGCGAGCAAAGAAAUAAGAUGACCACCUCCCUGACUGAUGACAACAUCCUGUUUGGUUCCCUGGAGAUGAAGAACGAGAUGGGGGGUGUUCCUCCUGAGCUGUCCAGGUCCCUGGGCCCUGGGGGUCUGGGUGACCCGCGCAACACCAUGCUGGCCUACGACAGCUCCACGCUGCAGUACCGCAGGGCCGCCAUGGCCCGACAGAACUACGGUGGCGGACCUCACAGCGCCCUGGAGCGCCACGCCACCCAGAAGAAGUCCCGCCUACGGAGACGGGCCUCGCAGCUCAAGGUCAACAUCCCUGACCUGGCUGAUGUGAACUCUAUCGACAAGUGGUCCAGGAUGAUCUUCCCUACCGUGUUCUCCUUCUUUAACGUGAUCUACUGGCUCUACUACGCUCACUAAGGAGAGAGAGAGAGGGAUGUCAUUGAUGAGAGAGAGAGAGAGAGAGAGAGAGAGAGAGAGAGACAGAGAGGGAGAGAGAGAGAGACAGAGAGGGAGAGAGAGAGGGAGAGAGAGACAGAGAGAGACAGAGAGAGAGAGACAGAGAGAGAGAGACAGAGAGAGAGAGCACACCUAUUAUUUUGCUGAUUCAUUUUUAAAGAAAUGUGAGAAAAAUUGUUUUGGAAGGAAGGAGCUCUACACCCGAACACUUCUUCUACAGCAUCUAUCUGCCGUGACACUCUUAUGAUCUGGGAAUAACCUCUAAUGACUGACUGACACGUCAACAGAGGAGAGGAGAGAUUUUAAAAAGACAAGACAGACAGACAUGGUGCCUAAUCCUGAAGAAAUGUCAAUAUAUCACUCUAAUAUUUGUCAUUUGUAGCUUAACUCUCUGUGGAUCAAAUAUUUAUGCUUGUGUUUGCAUAUACUUUAAGGAUUUGUUUAGUUUUAGUCUAUGUAUUUUGUUCAUAGCCGAGCUAUCUGCAUCCAGGAAACCUUUUCUCAAGGGUUUUAAAGGGGUUCAUUAUUGAUUAAACUAUUUUCCUGUAGUUAUUGUAACACAAAAACAUUCUUUAAAAAGCAUGCUUCUAUUUCAUUUCUGCUGCGUCUCCAUCUUUAUCGAUGGAGCACAAAGCAUUUGAGGUUUUAACUAUUUAAGGUUUUUUCUUCUGUGUAUCGAAGAGUGUCUGCAGAACCCUCUUCACCCCCCAUACUGUAGCUUAGGCUGAGCUUGGGGUUCAAUUGGGGACCAACAACAAUGGGCUACUGUAAGUGAUAGUACCGCAGAUGGUCAAUAGGGGGCACUCUUCUCUAUGGACAUUCCAAUGGGUCUUCAGUGUUGCCGUUUCUGUCCUGCCAAUUUGUGGGUUCGUGACCUUUAUCCUUGAGAUCAUGACCCAUCAUCCAUUCUGGCCAUUGAAGUUCCCAUGAAGGUUUCAUAUGUAAAAGGUAUGGUACGACCAUGGAUCUUGAAGCUCUGACCUGCCAAGUGUUUUUGACCUGACUUUGUUGUACUGACAGAAUCUAGUAGUCCAUCACAUCAAACUGCCCUGGUUUAAAAGAGAGAGACAGUACUGUGUAACCCUCGCCUCUGCAUUGCCAGUGUGGGCGGCAUCAAGGGGAGAGAGGUUUGCUUUAUUUAUUUAUUACCCAGGGGGGUGCUUAUUUACAUUGCUGAUGGACAUCAAGAGAGCUAAGCCCAUCUUUCAUUGUAAUGAAAGUUCCUGCAUAAAUCUAGUAAUCCACAAUCAUAUCAAUAGAGUUUAUUGGUUCUAGAACUUUGACACGUUCCAUUGUGAUUAGGUUUUAUGUUUUGAUGAAUUGUAGAUAUAAUGUUUUAAAAAUCAUGUUGUAAAGGACAUGGUCCAUUUUUAUAAACUAAAUAUUCAUGAAAAGCCAGAUGUAUAAAUAUUAUGAAUGAAUUAUAUAUUUAAAUGGGUCUGUUGUUGUUUUUUGCAGUCUAACUAACAGGUAAAAUGUACCGUGGCCAGAUUAUAAAAAGAAAAAAUCUUAAAUUCGUUGAAGGAAAUAACAUAUAUAUAAUUUUUCCUGACACUGUACUUUGUACUUGGAGUUUUUUCUUUGUUUAUAUUUCUUAUUUUCCCCAUUUCUUUCUACUUUUAAAAGCAGCAACUUGGCAGCGAGGAAACUGAAGCUCUACCACUACCAUCUACCAGACUCUAAUAAAACAUCAGUCUUUUUAUGCAUGGCUCAAAACCAUUUGUUUCUCUCCAGAAAUGACUGUGACAGGACCCGAGGUGAAUCAACCACGUUGCCAUGACGCAUCAUCAUCAUAUUUUCUACAAAGUUCCUGUAAAUUCCAAUUGUAAUAUUUCAUAAUAAUGACUCAUGUAAAUAACUUGUGUAUUGAUUGUCAGCCAUUAUGAAGAUGUACCUAAAUUCAAUUAAAACUCAAUUCAGCCUAUAUAUUAGUUCAUUU